AUGACAUCAUUUAUCUCUCGCCUGAAAAUGUACCAAGCCGAAAUCAUGGUUCUUAUUUUUCAGAGCAAAAUAUACGGAACACACAUACAAAUAGUGAAAGCUUGUAGAAACCCUGUGGACUCUCCUAAUAAUCAAUACAGUUGGAAGAAGUAUAAGCACCAUAUAAUUUUACGGAAGAAAAGCUUGUUGGGACUAGAAGCUACCAAGAAAGAAAAAAGUAUAAAAAGAUCUUCCGGAGAUCUCCGGGCCUUUGAGAGAAAACACGACUUGGAUUGCCUGCCUGUAAAUGGUCAUUUGGACCUUUUACAAACUACUGUCGACAAAGAGGAAAAUCAGCAAAGAGAAAACGCUCAGAAUGGUCUUGUGCGAUGCACCAACCAGAUAUGUAUACCCAAAUUAGUCCCACACACAGAUACAAAAAAAACGACUUACUUACCAGAAGUAGGUUGGGUCAGCAGUAAUAGGUACUGCUGGUUUGUUACAGAUAUCAAGAUUCUAAAAUUUUAUAAAUCCAAAUGGGAUUCAUUGUCAUGCGAGGCAUUUCAUAAAAAGCAUCUCACAUUUGAGUUGAAUGACUAG